CGAUCUCCGUUCUCUUCUCCUGCGAGUGAUCUUCGUUCUCUUAUUAUCCGGCGAGCCGUGUCCACCGCUUAAACUUGCCUGUAAUUUGUCAUUUUGAAAAUGGGGAGUUGGAAUUAUCCAGCAAUAUCCCUAGAAGAUUUCAUGAAAUCAAUAAAAGGGUUUGUAGAUAUGAUGAUUAUCGCUUCUGGGUAUCAAUCAUCUGGCCGUCUUGCCUACUGGGAUUCGGCUAACAUCAAGAAAGCCCUCCAAUGGGCUCUAUUCAUAGAGGAUGUGAUUGGUUGCUUGAGUAGUCAAGAUGAUUACACAGAUUCUCUGGACGAACUUGAUAUAGCUUUAUGUGAGAUGAAGUCUAACCCACAUUUCCCAAAGGGUCUAGAACAUCUAUCAUCCAAGAAUCUUAACAAUGCAAGGGUUCUAAAGGGAAAUAGUGAUUCCUUUGAGAAACGCUGUAAAAAUUUGCUGCAAAAUGAGCCAACAGAAUCUGCUUUCAGUUCGCACUCACAUUUCAUAGAGGCCUCAGCAAGUACAGAAACUAAUAAUGCUGCCUGCAGCUUCUCUUUCAUCGCUGCACGUGAAAUUGAAAGGAGACAUUUGGCAGUGUCAUCACUUUCUGCAGCAGAAGCGUGUUUGGAUAUUUUAUUCAAAAGUGUAUGCCAAUUGAAUAUAAGUGAGCCUGGCAAGAACUUAAUUGAUGGUGUGGCAGACAUUGGAUCUUCAUUGUCUGACGAAAUUGCAGUUGAUCCUCUUACCUGGAAUCAACUAAGAUCUAGAAACCUCUCCUAUUUUCUUGACAAGAGAACUAUUAGGCUGUUAGCAGGUGCCAAUCUUAUCCUUUCAGCCCCCGAGGACCAAUGUGCUCAAGUGCUGGGGAGGCUAUCAAUUUCAGCUGAUGAUGGAUCUAAUUUCUCUGAAGCAGUGGAACUUUUGUUACUUGGAUGUGCUGCAAGAAAAUGGGAAAUUUUGAUCGAACAUUUUAUGUCGACCCCUUAUGUACCUGUUAUUUUAUCAAAACUAUGCAAAGAGGUGUUUAACUUAGUGGCUGGAGGUUGUAAAAAUAUCUGUUGCAAUGAUAGCAUGAUGAGUUCAAAGGAUAGAAGUGUUAUAAGGUUUCUGGAGAGCUGGCUAAGCAGUAGGCUACCUAUAUUGUGGAAAUUGUCCCCUAUACUUGCAGCAUUUUCAAUUCCAUCUUGGUCUCAGCUGUUUAGAUCAUAUUUAAGGGAACUAGAGAGUCACUUGAGAGGAGGCUCAUCAGUGAAUAGCUCUUGUAGCUGUGCCAAUGAUGCUAAGGAGCAUAUAAAAUUAGACAGAGUCUGGUGCCUUUAUAUAUAUCAUAUUUGUGGUUCCAAUUAAUGUCGUGUUGCUUCACGUCUCUACAAAUUUUCAAGUUCCAUAGCUACGGAAAGUUCUUGUGCAACAAAGCGCAUGGUGGGCC